CAUGCAUGCAUAUGUGACCAUCAACGCAAUUUAACAUCAUGAUUUAUAUUAUCAUUUGUUUAAUUAAUUUAAACAUUGAAUUUUAUUCAUAACCUUGAACAAAAGUUAUACAGAACUUUAGGUCUACGUCCCUAUAGUUAUGAAUGCAACAAAUACAUAUAGGGUACAAACAUUUACACGAUCACUUUGCUUUUGUGGACAACAAACAUUGCACGUUGAUUAUUUAUUUUGAAUACCUUCUCAAGUAACUAUGCAUAUAUAGAGCAUUGAACAUAUUGCAAACAAACAAAAAUAACAUUUUGCAUAUUUUUCUAUUGUCAUAUGGAAGGAUUAAGAAAAGGAGCUUGGAGUAGAGUGGAAGAUGAACUUCUCACAAACUGUGUGAGACAACAUGGAGAAGGGACAUGGCACCUUGUGCCCAUAAGAGCAGGCUUGAACAGAUGCCGGAAAAGCUGUAGAUUGAGGUGGUUGAAUUAUUUAAAACCAACAAUCAAACGUGGAGAUUUCUCAGAUGAUGAAGUUGACAUGAUGAAAAGAUUGCAUAGACUUUUGGGAAACAGAUGGACCUUGAUUGCUGGAAGACUGUCUGGAAGAACUCCUAAUGAUGUGAAAAAUUACUGGAACACUCAUUUUCCUAAAAAGGUCUCAUCAAAUAGGAAAAAAUCUACAAAUGCAAAGGAAAAGGAAAUAAUGAAACCUCAUUUAGUGAUAAAGCCACAGCCUUGGACUUUCUCGAGUAGUAAUUCAGCCAGGUUGAAAAUGAAGUUAUUUAAUGAAGAUCAAAAUGGGCCCAACAAACAGUUCCAUAUUCAAGCUGCAUGUAAUAAUAAUAUAGAUGAUGGUAAGUGGUGGGAAGCAUUAAUGAUUGAUGAUGACAAGGGAAAGAAUCCAAAAGAUGAUGAUGGAGACGGGAUGCUAGACUUUAAUGUGGAUGAGUUUAUGGCAAAUGAUAGUAUUAUUGAAGAUCAAAGUUGGAGUGAGUUUCUUAUUGAUGUUAAUUUUUUUGAUUUUUAAGUUAUAAUGUAGUAGUUUGGAAAAAUUAUACAUAUUUUUAUAUAAUUCUUAUUAUUAUUACACAAGUAUGAAAAUAAGAAAUGCCAAAUCUCAAAUCCUUCAUAUUAAUGUAUUGGUUAAUUUGAACUCUCAA